AGUCAGCGACCUGCCGUUCAUUGCUCAGCCUCAAUUUUUACUUGGUCAUAAUUUUAACCUUUUCUAUUUUUUUGCUGCUUUUCCUCCACACGCAGAUCAACAUUAGUCCCACUCAUCUUGUUCUCGAGAAAAUACCUGUACAACACAAGCACUAGAUUGCAUUUUGAAGUUGUAAAGAUUGCAUUAGCAACUGACUCUCUCCUCAAAACUAACGAACGUCACAUAACCUCUCGCACUUGUGCCACACAAAUAUCUCGUGCUCGCGAUUUGAGCACAUUCUAUUGCAAGUUGCUAUUACUGUAUUUAUUUCAAUCUCAACAGAAUCCAAGACAGAUUUAGGUAGAGUUAGUUAUCAUUUGAAUUAAUAUUUGAUAUCAUCCCCUUAUAUAUGGAACACGAUCUGUCGAUCGACAAGACCGCCUCGCCGAUCAACAAUGAAUUAUAUACCCUUAAGAGAAGCAUACCCAGUGAUAAUAUCGAACCACACAUAGGAGGAAGCCAGGACAGUGGUGCAGAUUACCAAAUGCAGGAAAAUCACAAUUACCCAGGUAACGAUAUGAACGACACUAAACGGCGCAGAAUCCACGGUGAGGAGGAGUUCUCCGACAUGUACACCACUGAGAAUCAUAGGAUCAAUGGUGGGGACCCGGGAAAAAAAAACACAAGCGAAAAUGAAGUUUCAUUAUCUUCGACGCUAUCAGGGAAAUCUAUUCGCACGUCUACCAGAACCAUAAAAACAAGUGCAGUAAACUCUAGUGAGCUCCUGCGUUGCAAGAGCCAGCUACCUGAGACCCCUACAGGUCCUAGGUCGCUCGAAUUAAGACAGCAAACCAAGAGAAUUAAUUACGCAGAAGAGGAAGGAUCAGAGGAUGAGGAUGAGGCUCAAUAUGAGAGAUCAGCAACUAUACGUGAGACACAAACUCGUGCAAAUAAGAAUCAAUCAAGGACAUCAUCACGAUACCAUCUCGAGAGCGCUCAGGAAUCUGAUUCCGAUAAAAGCACAGGACUAGGGUCAGAACAGCAAUCAGACGUUUUUACAUCACGAACGCUCCGUGACCGACGACUUAUCUCUGCUCCAAAACCAUUUCCGGUCAACAACCAGCCAUCGCGUCGUUCUUCAAAUACUAGGCGGCAUAGCGAAGCACAUCAAAGUGGCGGACGGUACGAAAAUUCAAAUAGGAUGUACCAGUCUAGCUCUCGCUCUGCAGCUGCGAAAAGAGCAAUACCUAUCUCUAGACCUAUUACAGAGAAUAUGAGGAUCACAAGAGGAAUGAGUAGCUCGCUGUUACCCGAUUCUGCAAAUAGUCGCGAUGUGACGCCGGAUCAACCAAGUCGACAGAGAGGCAGAAGCAAUUCACGUUUUCAUCGCAGUGAUUUUACUGACGAAGAACAGGACCUGGAUGAUCACGAAUUCAAGCACGAUGAAGCUGCAGAUAUGGAGGAUGAAGAAAUGGAGGGUGGGCCAGCUGAUGAUGAGCAAACGCCUGGACUAGCUAAUGAUGAAGGCAAUACAUUAACUCGUAUGACACGCUUACGGGCACGCGUUCAAUCACAGUCUGCGGUCGGCUCAAGACAUGCUUCACCGAGACCGUCGCGCUCAAAGGCUACUCACUCUAACCCACAGCAGGAUGGCGACCGAAAGUAUGAUCUUAGAGAGCGACCCAAAAACAGACCAGCUUAUAUCGCUGAUCGGCCUAUUCCGUCCCCCAGCAGACCCAGGUCUUCACGGAUUAACAACUUCAGUGGACGAGAUACUUUUGCUCGUCCAAGACAAGCUAGAUCUAAUCUGCUCGAAGCCCUCGCACGUGCAGCGGGUUCUUCGAGCGAUGAACUACAAGCACCCAACUUUAAGAGGCGUUCAGGUGGAAGUUCUUCAUCACGAAUAUUACCAAUGAACAUGCAUGAACUUGCUGACUCUAGACGGGAUAUCGUAGCUGCACGAUUUACACAACCAGCUGAUACUGACCCGCUUUCUGUGGGGAAUAACGUUGAUUUUACUAAAGUUGGUGGACUGGACCAUCAUAUCAAAUCAUUGAAGGAAAUGGUUAUUCUACCGUUGCUGUACCCGGAAGUAUACUCGCAUUUUCAAAUAACACCUCCCCGGGGUGUCCUCUUUCAUGGGCCUCCAGGAACAGGAAAAACUCUUCUAGCCCGUGCAUUGGCAUCAAGCUGCUCUACCGAGACACAAAAGGUAGCGUUCUUCAUGCGCAAAGGCGCAGACUGCUUGAGUAAAUGGGUCGGGGAAGCAGAGAGACAACUGCGUCUUUUAUUUGAAGAGGCCAAGGCUUGGCAACCCAGCAUCAUAUUCUUUGAUGAAAUUGAUGGUCUUUGUCCAGUACGAUCAAGUAAACAAGAACAAAUUCAUGCAUCCAUCGUAUCAACAAUGCUUGCUCUUAUGGAUGGCCUCGAUGGGCGAGGGCAAGUGAUUGUCAUCGGCGCCACCAAUCGCAUAGAUGCCAUCGAUCCGGCACUUCGUCGUCCUGGACGGUUCGACAGAGAGUUUUACUUCCCGUUGCCUAAUGAGGCCGCACGUAGGGCUAUCAUUGAUAUCAACACAUGUGGAUGGGCUCCCCCUCUAGAUGAAAGGUUCAAAGAUGAAUUGGCAAGGAUGACUACACAGUAUUGUGGGGCAGAUAUUAAGGCGCUCUGUACCGAGGCGGCCUUACGGGCAAUCCGGCGGCGAUAUCCACAGAUUUACGAAAGUAACGAAAAACUCCAAAUUGAUGCCUCAACUAUUACAGUCGAAGAGAUUGAUGUACUGAAGUCAGCCAAGGCUUUGACGCCUGCAUCCUAUCGCGUCACUGGAGCAACAGCAUCCCCUUUGCCUGAAAAUAUGAAGCCACUUCUUCUGGACCAAUUCGAUAGAGCUUGUAAAGUUCUUAAUUCGAUAUUCUCGGGUUCUAACACUAAAAUCGAAAAAGACGGCAUGCUUGAAGACGAUGAUGCAUCAUUUCAAUCUAUGGGAUAUCGUAGCUUCGAAAAACUCAAAACAUUUAGGCCAAGGAUGAUAAUUACUGGUGAUCGGGGAAUGGGGCAGCGUUAUAUCGGGCCUGCUCUUUUGCACUAUCUGGAAGGAUGUGCUGUUCAACAAUUUGACUUGGCAGCUUUGAUGUCUGAAUCAAAUAGGACACCAGAAGCAGCAUGUGUUCAGUACUUCAUAGAAGUUAAGCGACAUGCACCCAGUGUGAUCUAUAUCCCACAUAUAGAUGUAUGGUGGUCGGUAGUUUCUGAUACUGUAAAGGCCACUUUCUCCAAUAUGCUUGAAGACCUUGGCCCACAAGACAGAAUACUUUUUCUAGCUACGAGUGAGACAACAAUGUCCAAUUUACCCAUUACCGUGCAGCGUUGGUUCCCGUUGGGCGGGAAAGAUUAUGUCGAAUUAGCACAUCCUAAAGGCAAGCACCGAGGAGCAUUCUUUCAGGCGCUUAUUGACGAUCUCGCACGGCCACCUUCUGACUUCUUACCACCACCUACUGCACUCAGAGAGCCAGAAUUACUCAAGAAGGCGCCGCCACCCCAGCCUCGCGUCCCUACAGCGGAAGAAAAGAAAUUACUGGCGGAGCAUGAUCAAUAUGUACUUCGGGAAUUGCGUAUUUCACUUCGAAAUAUAGUGGAUGAACUAUACAAGGAACGCAAGUUCAAACCUUUUUUUAGGCCGGUAGAGCCAGAAGAAUCGCCGGAUUAUUACCAGAUCAUCAAAAAACCCAUGGAUCUGAUGACCAUCAGUGAAAAAAUCAAUGACAGGAUGUACUUGGAGGUUAAGGAAUUUUUGGCCGACAUCGAUCUGAUUGUUGACAACACAACUCUGUAUUAUGAUAUACAGGACCCUAACAGAGUCAUCUACAGGGCACGGGCUUUCCAGGACGUUGCGUACUCUAUGGUUGGUCGACUUGACCCAGACUUAAUCACAGAGACUGGAAAAACGGCGACGCGCGUUCGACAAGAGGCAAAAGUACAACAAAAGAUUCCAGGAGAAAGAAUGAGCCGCCGCAUACUUGGACUUGAAGCUACCGCUGUAUUGGAUGAUCCAGAGAUGUUGCUUCGAAGCCGUACUACUCAGGCAAAAUCGGCAUUGGAUUUUACUCGCGAAGGCAUUGUGGGUACCUCUUCGAUCAAAGCUGAUGAGGAUCAGAGCCAAAAGCGAUCUCAGAAUCAACAACGUCUAGAUGCCUUGAUUGCAGCUCAAGAAGCUGUAAAUGACCAACUGUCCAAGGAUGACGCUGAUGACAGUAGUACAUCUCUUUCGAUACUUUCAUCGCGUGCAACAUCUAGUGUCCUCAGCGUGACAGCUGCACCAUCAGUAGCAGAUGAAUGCGAGGAAAUGAUGCAAGCGUUGAAUGGGGAAAUAGAAAUAGGUCAAGAAAACCUCGAAUCAGCGGAUAUGUCGACACAAAUGAAGGAUAACUCUGAUAUCACUAAGAGGCUAUAUGCCACGGAGUCGCCCGCGGAUGUUAAAACAGCUGCAGAAUUUGAGCAUGAGUCUGAACAUUCUAUGUCCGUGGAAAUGCGACAAGCAGUGAAGACAGAGGAAGAAGAGGAAGAAGUCAACGAACCGAAGCAUGUGAUAUUGGAUAUGGAUGCGGUAGCUCUUUUGCAACAAAGUCUUGUUCGAGACACUGAGGGAUUCAACAUUGAGGAGCUUGACCGCCUUAGGGCAUCUUUAUAUGCGGAUAUAUGGGAGAAUCGGGGCAAUUGGGACAAGCAGGAUUUACUUGCGGAAAUGACAAAAAAAGUUGCUACAGCUGUAAACCUUCACUACAAACUUCAGGAAAAUGAUCUGCAUGCUUCUACUAUGUCAGAUCUAUUGGUAUAGUCAGUUAUGAAUCAAAAGUAAACACUAUCUUAACUAAAAACUUGUACAAC